CGUCCCAGCCCCGAAGUUCUGUAGGUGGGGCGGGCUUUAAUUUGCUUAUAUCUAAUGAUUUCAGGAGCCUCGCUUUAAAAUGGCGGCAUUGGGUAGUCACCCGUGCUAGAGGCUCUCCCCGCACCGGGGCCACCUCGCGCAGCGCGGCUUCUGCUUCUGCUGCUAACAGAUGGCGCGUGCCGCUGCCCCCGCCACCGCCGCCGCUGAGAGCGGGACCCCUUAGCCCCUGGGUUCGCGCUAGCAGCAGAAGGUUUCUGGAAAGUGCCUUUUCUGAAAACGCUGCAGCUUGGAUUCCACCUCAGAGCUGUCUCAUUUUAAACCCCUCUCCCUACCACCAUCACUGCCACCUCUCCCCACUCUGCACCCCUCUCAAAUUUUCUCAAUUUUCAUAGUCAUUUUCUCUCCUCCUGAUUUUGCAACCAAAAGAAAAAUUUUGCAGUUGUAACAUCUUACCAAUCCUAAUCUUUAAAUCCAAGAGAUAGGGAGAAAACCAUUUCUCCCCUUGAUCUGAGACCAUUCCACAAAUUGACGGGCAGCCAGCAGCAUUUGCUCUUUUGUAAGAAUAAUUGAGAACAUCAACUGGAGAGCACAGAAUCCUUUUGAAAUUCUGCCAGUUAUUUGAAGUAACUUUGGCAGAGGAAAAACAAAACACUCAAUAUCUUAACGUUGACAGUUGCCUUCUUAGGAGUUGGUCUCUAAUUUGAUUUUUAGUUACUCUGAUACAAUUUUUAUUUUACAGUGGACUUUUUGUUUGACCACUCAGACCGAAUUUGACUUAAAUUCAACCCUAAGUGCUAACAAAGAAGCAUUUCACCAAAGCAACCUGUUAGCUCUUCACAUUUAGCUGGAAUUUAUUUUUAGCCUUUCAACAGCAGCACUAAUAGUGCUCUAGAGAGGGUCUACUUGAUUUUCAGUUUGAUUUCAAUAUGACAGCCGUCAGUAUUGCCCUGGUUCGUGAUGCCAAGUGGCUGACUUUGGAAGUGUGUAGAGAAUUUCAGAGAGGAACCUGCUCUCGAGCUGAUGCAGAUUGCAAGUUUGCCCAUCCACCAAGAGUUUGCCAUGUGGAAAAUGGUCGUGUGGUGGCUUGUUUUGAUUCUCUAAAGGGCCGGUGUGCCAGAGAGAACUGCAAGUACCUUCACCCUCCUCCACAUUUGAAAACGCAGCUGGAAAUUAAUGGACGGAACAAUCUGAUUCAACAAAAGAGUGCCGCCGCUAUGUUCGCCCAGCAGAUGCAGUUUAUGUUCCAGAAUGCUCAGAUGCCACCAGUUAAUUCUUUUCCUGUGAAUCCUGCAAUUGCAGCUAAUCCUGCCAUGGCUUACAAUCCUUACUUACCUCCUCAUCCUGGGAUGGGACUGGUCCCCGCCGAACUGGUACAAAACGCACCUGUUCUGAUUUCUGGAAACCCACCUCUUCCACUGCAAGGGGCUGUUGGUCCAAAACCGAUCCGUUCAGAUAAACUGGAGGUUUGCCGUGAAUUUCAGCGAGGUAAUUGUACCCGUGGUGAGAAUGAUUGCCGCUAUGCUCACCCUACUGAUGUGUCCAUGAUUGAGGCAAGUGAUAAUACUGUGACCAUCUGCAUGGAUUACAUCAAAGGUCGAUGCUCCCGAGAGAAAUGCAGGUAUUUUCAUCCUCCUGCGCACUUGCAAGCCAAACUCAAAGCAGCUCAUUACCAGAUGAACCAUUCAGCUGCCACUGCAAUGGGCCUUCAGCCUGGUACACUUCAACUGAUACCAAAGAGGUCGGCACUUGACAAGGCCAAUUGUGCCCCCCCAGUCUUUAAUCCUAGCAUGUUCCACUGCCAACAGGCUCUGCCUAACAUGCCGAUCCCGCAGCCGCAGCCGCAGCCGCAGUUUAUUCCUACAGGGCCAAUACUGUGCAUGGCACCCGCUUCAAGUGUUGUGCCCAUGAUGCACAGUGCUACACCUACCACCAUGUCUGCAGCACCACCACCUGCUACCAGCAUUCCCUUCGUUGCAACAGCUCCGGGCAAUCAGAUACCCCCAUUAUCAAUAGAUGAACUGAAUAACAGCAUGUUUGUUACACAGAUGUAGAAGUUCCCAGUAGAACAUUGAAAUUCUGAACAACAGAGUUACAGAUUACCAGAAUCUCUCUGUGAGGACCUCCACGUGGCCUUUCUAUAUUCAUUCACGUAUGUCCUCUUCUACCAACACAACAAUAAGCGUGGUGCAGUCAAUAUAUUAAACAUGCCAACCAACAAAUUCAAAGAAAAAAUAAGGCAUUAAACAAAGGAGAUGUUAAAACAUAAAUGGAAAAUGAAUAACUACCAUCUGUCUUAUUUGAAUUAUUAUGUAAAACAGCAUAACAUUUUAUAAUUUAUCACAUGUUUCUCUGUGAUUUCCCAGUAACUAUUAUGCUGAGUGAAUCUCUAAAGUGGACUCUUGGCUUAUUGUGCAUUCUUGGUGGAUAAAUGUUCCUCUGUUUUGAAGUGUUAACCGUACCAGUUUGUUUACACAGUAGUCUAUUGGGCUGAUUUAGAAUGUAACACAUAUACCCAGUACCAUUUUCUUCAUUAUUGUAUCAUAUUGUAUUGUUGUGUAUUGUGUUAGGUUUUUACAUAGUAUAUAGUGUUUUGCUGUAAUGUGUGGUGUUUGAUUUUAACUAAAAUGUUAUCAAUGGGAAACAGAAACACAUGUGCUUGAAAAAGAUGACAGGUUAAUAUUGAUAUGCUCUCUCUUUAGGAUAUUUCUGUAGGUUUCUUGAGGCAGACAUUUAAAAGGCCUCUCUUUUGAGUAUGUCUAAAACCUGUUCAUAAACAUGCAUGUAUAUAAUUUGUACCUGUAGAUCUGACCUUGUAUAGUACAGUCAACGUUACUAGAUUUUUUUGUGAGAGAGAAAAAUUACCUGAAAAUAACAGGGAAUUUCUUAAAACAUUAACCUGAAUUUCACUCCUUAAGUAUCCUUAAGUAGCUUGCAAAAGCUACUUAAAUUCUGGAUUUACCUUUAAAUGGUUUUCUCAGCAUUUAGACUAUAAAUUGUGUAAAGUGCCCAUUACAGUUUUUGUGGCUCAAGAAUCCUGUCUUCUAGGUUGAGUGUCUAAAACUGAGCGAUUUGUAAUCUUCAGCUGAAAAAUUUGUUCUUGGGAGCUUAAAGGUAUUCUAAUUACAGGUUAUAAAUUAAGCAGAGAGAGGAGGGGCAUGGAGAUAGUUUUUACGUUUUGGAGGAAGUGUGUAAAAACCAUUGCAAUGUAACCUUUGAUACAAGUGCCAUUUUCCAAAUGGAAAUGGCUCAUGCUCUUUACACUACUCUGAAUAACAAGGAAGAUGCAAUCUGGACCAGUCAGUCAGGGUGAAGGAAAAUUGGUUCCAAGUGAGGCCUUUCCUCCCCAAAUGGACAGUCUUUUCUGUUGAUCACAGUUGGAGACUGAGUAUAGGUUUGAAGAAAUGGCGGGGCUGGGGAAGGAGGGAGGGAGACACUUGAAAUUACUCUUCAAUUCAUUUAAAAUUUCUAGGGAAGGAUGGCCACAGUUGUCUUUAGUUUCAGUUCAACUGAGUUUUCCAUUUUGUUAAAACAUUUCAGUGAAGGAGCAAGCACCUGGGAUAUAUGUUACUGAUAGAUUUUCGCCUUCCCAAACUUUAUUAGUAACAGAAUCUCUCGUAUCACAACCAAACUUCUUUUUUGUUUCUUGGGAUUUCUUUUUUUUUUUUUUAUGUUUUGAAAAUUGUAAGAGAGUUUGUAACACCCUUUAGAUGAAAUGGAGUGGCUGCACUCCACAGAACUGACCUGAAUUCACACUACUGAUACUUUUGAAAUAAUUGAAUAGCCAAGUAAAAUAGUAAUUAAUUCCUAUGGUAUGUCACAUACCUCCUCCACCCCACUCAGUUAUUAAAGUUACUGUUAUUAAUCAGUGGUAGAACCACGGGAUAAUUUGCAUCAGUUUAGAUAGAUUUAGUAUUUUCUAUUAAAUAUAUGUUCCCUCACUGGAAAGUAUAAAGUCAUCAAAUUUGUUGUAUGUCCCAAGUUUAUUAUUCUCCUUCAUGAAAAUUACAAGCCAAGGGAAAAUCAGGUUUUGGAUACCUCAAGCCAACUAGUAGUAUUUGAAGCACAGAACAAUGGAACUGGCAAAAACCUUUUCACCGCCAGGGCAUGUGACUUGUCCAGGACUGCCUAGCUACUUGGUAGAAGUUGGACCCAGAAACAUUUCCUGACUCCUGGUUGUUCCUCCAUUUCACCUUGUCUGUGCUUCAGAACAUUUGAGACUCCAGCCCAAAGCAGAUCAUUUUGGCUCAGAAUACAAAAGAGCAAAAUUAGCUCUUCAGUAGCUGAUAUCCUGUUGAUCUUAAUUAUCAAUUCAAAUCAUGAUCAUCAGUGAUUUCUAAGUGAUCUUGCUUGUAUUGAACCAUUGUCAUCUGCUAACAGCGUUGUCUGGAGUUAGAGAACAAGAGGCGUGUUGACUUUUACCUACUGGUCCUUUGAACCACUUAAUUUCUGUCUCCCAAAAUCUUAACUCUGUACUCUAGCAAUGUUACUUGUGUUUGGAGCUGAGUUUUAUAAAACCUGUCCUGGGGCCUCUCCAGAAGGGCAGAUUUGAUCGAGGAAGGAUGUACCUCAGCUACUCUAGAUGUAUUCCUUAAAAGAGACAGAGACAUCUUCAGUGUGAAAUGAGGUUUUUUGGGUCAUUUGACGUUUUGAUACAGCAUACUGUCUAAUUUUUAAACUUCUGACAAAGAUGUACAUGGACAGUAAGCCUAGAGUACAGCUGUUUGCAUGUUGCCUUAAGCACUGGAAGACAUGAAUAGUGAUGUAUUUUUGAGUAAGAGGUUUGGUGAGAGAUAUUCAGGGUAGUGGUAUUUUUGGUGCCACAAUUUUUUUAUAUUGUUGGCAUUUUAAAAGUUGCUUUGUGAGUGAAUUUAGAGAAAGAAAACUCAAAGCACUAAGGUUCUGAUGUGAAAGAAUUUUGACAAAAAUGCAAUAUUAAGAUAGCACUCUUUAGUUGUGCAAUGACUUAUUCAAAUGAUCUUUAUUCAAGAAAAGACAAGUCAUAGACUAUAAAGUUCUGGUGAAAAAGAGAAGUCACAAAACUAAUCAGUGACUCUAAACGACAAUUUACUGGAUUAAGUGUAUAUAUGUAAAAUUCUAAUCACUUGUGAUUCUUAGUUAACAUUUUAUAAGCUUUGUAGUUUAUAAGGGCCUCUUUUUUAUUUAUCCAAAAAUAUUGUUUUUGUCCUCUUCUCUCAGUCUCUUUCAAAAAUACACAAGUGUGCUGCAACUUGGAUAAAAACAGGUCAUGUAUACAGAGAAAACAAUCUAAAUGUUUAAGAGGGUUUUAGUAAUGUCAAAUUUCUAAAAGCACUGUGUGACCGUAACAUAAGUAUGUUUUAAAGAGGGAUUAAAAUUAAAUUUAAAUGGAUUCAUAAAAUCACUAUGUAAAAUGCAAUAUUUGCUUUUGCAGUUGGAGCAUGAUUCCUCAACUAGCUGUUGCAUUUCAUUUCACUUGUCUAGAGUCUUUAAUUUGUAGUUAAUUGCGAUGUGUAAAGCCAUCCUCUGCCUACUCCAUCAAUCUUCUCCAUCCAUUCCUGAACACACUGAAGCACUUUGAUCUUGCCGUAAGUGUUGUCCUACGCCACUAGGCUGUGUUCACUAAUGGGCAGCCUCAGCUCACCAGCUUUCCAAUUUGGGCAAAGCAAGUACCUCCUCCCUACCAUCAGCAGGAACCAAAUAAAAUGAAUCAUUACAAUAUGAAUCUCUUUUUCAUGGCACGACCAAGAAGCACAGUGAUGUCCAAUUAAGGACAACAUUGGCAUUAAAUUUUAUUAAAUAAUAUAUAGGGAAGGCCCAUGUGCUAGUUGGAACAUUAUUUCAGCCUUCUGCUACUCCUUUAGAGAGUUUAUGAGGAUGCUCUUAGAUGAAAUGCAGCCACAGGUUUUCAGGUUAUUUCAGUCUGUAGGGUAGGCUGUGAUGCAUAGAAUGAAUAGAAACUGGAAUCUUCUUUCUUUGAAUCUCUUCUACAUUUCACAUGUUUAAAUAGAAAUAGGGAAAUACGAUCUCCCAAUUCUGUUGAAUAGAUUUAGGAAGAUGGUGGCCUCACUUUUUAUUUUAUCAGUGCCUGGCAAAGGCAGUAGAAUAAACACUAGGUAACAGAGUAUAACAACUUUAUUUUUUUGCAAGUUUAACUGAUAGCACCUAAUCCAACUGUAAAUAUAAUUACAAAUAAGGUUCUGAGCACCAACUCACUAAUUGGUGCCAUGUUUUCCUUUUUCUUGUUUUUAAGGUUUUUAUUUUGUUCCUUUUUCAUAUCUUUAAGUAGUUCAGGAAUUUAACUUUGAAGGAGAGUUAGAGAAAAUUUUUUAAGAUUUACUACGUGUAUUCAACCCACCUAGAUAGAUCCUCAACUGACACUGAAGCAAGGUGUAGAGUCUAGUUCAUGACUAUUUCUUACAGUUCACAAUUUAAGAACUUAACUUUAUAUACAAAUAAUAAUUUUUAACUAAUAUUUAGUUGUUGCUUCAGCAACAAACCUACAACAUGGCUACCUUUAGACAUUUUUUUGUGUGUGAAAAUUUUACUUGUAAAACUGUGGUUUUUUGACAGUGUGGCAUGUAGCACAUACAGCUCAAAGCUCAGAUAUAGAUAUGAUUGAUUUUUCUUUUUAAUCCCAAAGUUCCCUUUGAAAACUGAAUUUGCGUCCUUCUGUGACUUUUUGAGCAAAAAGUUUACAACAUGUGGAUUCUAGAAUCAGGCUUUAGAGCUGAUAGAAUUUGUUGUGUGGAUAGGGUUAUUCCACAGUAUUUAGACACAACUGUAUUCAUAAUACGUCCUGAUCUCUCUUUAUAACCUUACUUAUUCAAAAUUACUCAAGUGGCAUAGCUGUAGCUACAAAAAUUUUCUUACUCAAAUCUAUCCAAAGGAGGGUUAAGAAUGACAAAAGCACAGAUUACAUUCAUUCACAUUGGUGAACUCAUUCAUACAGAUACUGUGGAAUGACCCCAUAACAGUGUUGAAGAGACAUAUGCUGCAGUUAACUGAUGGUCUCAGUUAGGGUGCGAACGUGUGAGACACACCUUUUUUGCACUUAUGUACAUAGUUCAUGAAAGUGACCCUUGGAGUUGUUUUUUUUUUUUUUAAUAUAAGAAGUCUGUGAUAAUAGUGGAAAAGUUAGUAAGAGAGAGUUAUUUCUAAGACUUUGAGAAGAAGGUUUUUUUUUCCUACAAGACUUAACUAAAGCAUGAUGUUGCUUUCCUCUUGUGGAGGCUUUCUGGUUUGCUGCGGCUCACCAUAAGACAAGACUGGUGGCAGGCAACAGGUCAGCUUCAGCCAAUGGCACCAAACAAAAGUUCAGGUACUUCAACUUUUAGCAAGAUCACUAGCAAAGAUUUUGUGAAUUAAUCCUCAAACACACACACACACACACACACACACACACAACCCCAGGCAGGUUUUUGGUGCUAAGGUCUUCUUUUUUCAAUGGUUACAAGCAGUGAAAUACCUUGUAAGCUGCAAGAUGGAUAUUCCCAUUCUGAUCCAAUGAGAUUUCAUCUUUCACAGAAAAUGAUCAAUUGAGAUAUAUCGGUUAUACCAAUUAAUAUAUAUUUAAGUGACAAUCAAAUUGUUAACCCUCGCCACUAUUUCCCCUUCAAGAUCCAGAAGCCAAAACCAAAUUGGCAGCUAUUGAAAGAUAUAAUUUAACAGUUAAAUAUGGCCAGCACAGGGCAUUUCAUCCCCUCCAACAAAGGGGAAAAAAUGGUCCUGACACAAUUUUAUAUUUACUUUAUGCCUGUUCAGUGGAAGCUAUUUUCUGACUUACCUUUAGCAGAUUAGACAGUGCUUCACUGUGCCACUUCAGCCUCCUACUCUUUUAACCGAACAGAAGAGAACCAGCCAAAAUCUUACAUAUUAAUACAUUGGAGCUAGAGAAGAAUGUCUGUCAGACCAUCUCUGUCAAUUUCAGCUCCCACGUCACCUACAAAUCACCAUUUAUCUUUUUGUUUCCUCCAGGCAAUGAGGCUUAGAAAAAGGUCAAGGUUAGAAAGGUUUAAGGAUAGAUCACCAUACCGACUUUGAGGCCUUCCCAUCUUGAGACCUGUUGUCCUUGCCCUGGAAAAGGAGCCCAUCUUGGGGUUGACGGAAUUGGUGUUAGUAUUGUUACCGAUUUUGAUAGUUCUCACUUACAGAGACAUGAAAAUAAACCAAAGCCAGAAAGCAAUCCAAGCCUUACAGUUGUCCAAUAGCUCAGGGCCAGUUGGUCAGAAAUUUUUUUUUUUUCCCCCCUUCAAUACAUGAUCACUUACAGCUAACAGCCUGACCAUCUGAUCAGCAUUUCCAUUGUUGUAAAAUGUAAGCAUUCAUUCAUUUUGUAGUUAGGAACUCCAACUUUAACCUUACCACCAACGUAUUUUCCCAGCUUAACCCAUGUUCUUAUGUUAAUAUUUCCUUGUGAAAAUAUAAGCCACACAAAUAUAUUUCAUAAGGUCAAUAGAAAUAUAGUAAGAUUUUAUGUUAGGCAGAAUCAACUCUAAAAUGGUAAGAACGAACCUAGAAGCAUCACAAAAGGUAAUCAGUUCACUGAUGGCACGUUGUGCGUACUGACAGCCACUGGGUCAUACUCUUUAGAGCUUAAACACAGUGCUGUCUUUUAAGUAAGUAAAAUUAGAGGAUGAAAGGACCUCUAUUAAACCCAGAAAAGGAUUUAGUUUCACUAAUUCCGUUUCCAUGCCCUACACUUCUUCCCUGGAAGAGAACUACCCAUCAAUACCCCAAAGCAGGAUUAUCCCAGAGGCAUUUUGUCUUUCUCUUUAACUAUCCUCUAUUAUAGCAUACUUAGGAAAUGUAUCACUGUGAAAUAAAUCAAGCUACAUCAUAUUACUUUAAUUUUUUUUAAGAAAAAACCUCUAUAAAAGUAACCCAACUUUAAGCAGUCCUCUUUUCCCUCACACAACCUAAGCAUUUAUCUGUCAUAGAACUGCAUGAUUGCAAAGCUUUAUUUCUGUAUACAGAUGCUAUUUGUUAAUGAUGGAAACCAAAUUAUUUUGUUGCUGUGUCUUUCGUGUCUAGCAGUUGAGAGAAUUAUUAUGACUAUUAUAUCAUUGGAUUUGAGGGUUGCCCUUGUCAAAAUCAAUUUCCUUUUAUUAUUGGUGUUGCUUUAAUUAUUAGAAAAUGAACCAUUCGUUACAUGCACCAAAAUUACAAGAAUUUAAAUAAGACUUUUAAAAGAUGCCCCUAAAUAUAUUCUUUUUUACGAAGCUAACUCUGUGCAUGCAUAUAACAACAGUCUGGUAUAAUGUAGAAAAUGGAAGCACAUAUUUUGGAUAGAAAAAUGCCGAUUUACAUACAAUAUGAAAAUUAUUAGCCCUGUGCAACAAUUAUAGAUUUAAAUAAUGAUGAUAAUACUUAAUAAAUAUAAACUGUUCCCAUAAUAUUUUGGCUCCAAAAUGCAACAGCUCAUUUCCUCAACUGCUAUCAGUAGGUCAGAUGCUUUGAUUUUUUUUGUUUUUGUUUUUCCAAGUUAUAUGCUCUACUGCUUGUUUGUGUUUAGAAGUGUGCAUUAUGCAAUUCAUUUUAUGCUAUUUCCACAUUGUUUAUUUUUUGUUCUUUUAAUAAAAUGUGUAAAUUUC